AUGGAACCAACCCAGGAGAAGACUAACAGCAAGAAACGGCUGCAACCAACAACCAUUCCGACCCAGCCGACCAGCUCAUCUCCGAAACGGACGCGGGUCAGCUCACCAUCAGAUCAGAUGCAGUCCGAAGACCGCACCAAGAUCCCAAGCCAACAGCCAGUGCUAGUAGCGGACGAAUUCCAGACAGACGCUGCCCGACAGAUCGAUGCCAGUAGCGGACUCCUGCCCGAGCAGUCGGGCUCAGGAGAAGAGAAGCCCCAACAACUCACCCUCUCCCACCAAGUUCGUCACCAAGUAGCCCUCCCACCCAACUACAACUACAUCCCUAUCUCAGCCCAUCGCCCCCCAAGUAAACCAGCUAGGACAUAUCCCUUCACACUCGACCCUUUCCAACAAGUCUCGACCACUUCAAUCCAACGUAACGAGAGCGUACUCGUCUCAGCCCAUACUAGCGCUGGGAAGACCGUUGUUGCCGAGUAUGCUAUCGCUCAAUGUCUCGAAAACAAACAGAGAGUCAUCUACACUUCUCCUAUCAAGGCUCUUAGUAAUCAAAAGUAUCGAGAAUUGAUGGCCGAGUUUGGGGACGUGGGUUUGAUGACCGGGGACGUGACAAUCAACCCAAGUGCAUCAUGUCUAGUCAUGACAACAGAGAUUUUACGGUCGAUGUUGUAUCGUGGCUCAGAAGUAAUGAGAGAAGUGGCUUGGGUCAUCUUUGACGAAAUUCAUUAUAUGCGCGAUAAGGAAAGAGGAGUCGUUUGGGAGGAGACCAUCAUUCUAUUGCCCCACUCGGUUCGAUAUGUAUUUCUAUCGGCAACAAUACCUAACGCGAUGCAGUUUGCCGAAUGGAUUUGCCAUACCCACGAUCAACCUUGUCAUGUGGUUUACACCAAUUUCCGACCAACCCCACUACAGCACUAUUUAUUCCCAUCUGGCGGCGACGGAAUCCAUUUGGUCGUCGACGAGAAGGGCGUAUUUCGAGAGGAUAACUUCUUAAAAGCGAUGGGAUCCUUGAAUGAUUCGAGAGGCGAAGAUCCUGCGAGCUCGAUGUCCGGUCGAAACAAGCAGGGCAAGACUAAGAAAGGCGGUAACUCGACCAAAGGCCCCUCCGAUAUUUACAAGAUCAUCAAGAUGAUCAUGGUCAAGAACUAUAAUCCGGUCAUCGUCUUCGCAUUUUCGAAGAGAGAGUGUGAGGCACUAGCAAUCCAGAUGUCCAAGUUAGAAUUCAACUCCGAAGAAGAGAAGGAAACCGUCGACACGGUUUUCAAGAACGCGAUCUCCAACUUGUCUGAAGACGAUCAAGGCUUGCCACAGAUCAAGCACAUCUUGCCACUUUUGAAACGGGGGAUUGGAAUCCAUCACGGUGGUCUACUGCCGAUCCUCAAGGAGGUCAUCGAGAUCUUGUUCCAAGAAGGGCUGAUUAAAGUCUUAUUUGCCACGGAAACCUUCUCGAUCGGCUUAAACAUGCCCGCCAAGACCGUUGUCUUCACUACCGUCCAUACGAUGGACGCAUUAAAACCUAAGAUUACACCUGACUGGAAUGGAGGUACUCGGAGCAGGGGCAUGCAAAACUUACCGGCCUGGUUUGGUAAACAAGAAUCAAAGGGCUGA